ACAUUCAAACACUUUCAAUUCAAUGAAGAAGAAAAAUAUAAUCAAAUAAUUUAUUUAGAAAUUAUAUUUAUAAUUCUAAACGUACUAAAACAAAAUGGCGCCAGCGAAAGUACCAAAAAAGGCUCUGAAGCCAAUGGAAAAACUUGUAGAGAGGCCCAUAACGAAGAAAAUGAAGAAGAAAAAGAAGAACUACCAAAGUUUCGACAUUUAUAUCUACAAGCUACUGAAAAGCAUCACUCCGGACCACAUCAGGAUAUCGAGGAAGUGUAUGUUGAUCAUGAACAACGCUGUGAACGAUUUUCUGGAGCGGUUCGCGGAGGAGGCGGGCAGACUGGUGGCCCACAGCAAGAAGACCACGCUGGGCAGUCGCGAGAUACAGUCGGCCGUCAAGCUGGUGCUGCCCGGGGAGCUAGCCAAGCACGCCAACAUGGAAGGGAUGAAAGCUAUCACACUAUUCCACAAUAGUAUGAUGAAGCAACAGAAGUGAUAUUAUUUUUAAGGAAAAAUAUUUAUUUAUAUAAUUACGUGACGUAGGUGUGACGUAGCCCUUUUCAGGGUUGAAAA